CCAGGCCUGCCGCCGCUCGGUGCGGGUCCGCGGGGCGCGAGGAGCGGCGAGACCGCGGCCUGGAACAAAGGGAGGCCGGCUGGGGCGGGGGCGUCGCGAGCAUGGCGGACCGCAGCCUGGAAGGCAUGGCGCUGCCCCUGGAGGUGCGGGCCCGGCUGGCCGAGCUGGAGCUGGAGCUGUCGGAAGGUGACAUCACACAAAAAGGAUAUGAAAAGAAGAGAUCGAAAUUGAUUGGAGCCUACCUGCCCCAGCCUCCAACAGCGAAUGGAGCUGCCGUGGUCCGGUGUAGACUGCAGCACAGUGAAGGAGCCCCGAGAAGAAUGCUGCAGGCUGGCAACAUCGGGGUGUGUGACAUCCGAGACGCCGCGGUCAGAGAGCGGGCGGCCAGCACCGCAGGAAACCGGCCACUGUUUUACUUUCGUUUCGGAGUGGAUCAAGCUUUGCCUCCAGAGCGCCGGGCUCCAGUUACUCCUUCCUCUGCCUCUCGCUAUCACCGCCGAAGGUCCUCAGGGUCACGAGAUGAGCGCUAUCGGUCAGACGUCCAUACAGAAGCUGUCCAGGCUGCGCUCGCUAAACACAAAGAAAGGAAGAUGGCAGUGCCUAUGCCUUCCAAACGCAGGUCCUUGGUUGUGCAGACCUCGAUGGACGCCUACACACCCCCAGAUACCUCCUCUGGCUCAGAAGACGAAGGCUCGGUGCAGGGCGACUCCCAGGGCACCCCCACCUCCAGCCAGGGCAGCAUCAACAUGGAGCACUGGAUCAGCCAGGCCAUCCACGGCUCCACCACCUCCACCACCUCCUCCUCUUCCACCCAGAGUGGGGGGAGCGGUGCCGCCCACAGGCUGGCUGACGUCAUGGCUCAGACGCACCUAGAAAAUCACUCUGCACCUCCCGAUGUAACCACUUACACCUCAGAACACUCAAUACAAGUAGAAAGGCCGCAGGGCUCUACGACGUCAAGAACAGCCCCGAAGUAUGGCAAUGCCGAGCUCAUGGAGACUGGCGACGGAGUGCCUGUAAGUAGCCGGGUAUCAGCAAAAAUCCAGCAGCUUGUCAAUACCCUCAAACGACCCAAACGACCACCAUUGCGGGAAUUCUUCGUCGAUGACUUUGAAGAACUGCUGGAAGUUCAACAACCAGAUCCAAACCAGCCAAAGCCAGAGGGAGCCCAAAUGUUGGCGAUGCGUGGGGAACAGCUGGGUGUGGUUACAAAUUGGCCCCCAUCUUUAGAAGCAGCGUUACAGCGAUGGGGGACCAUCUCACCAAAGGCCCCGUGCUUGACCACGAUGGACACGAAUGGGAAACCUCUGUACAUCCUCACUUACGGCAAACUGUGGACAAGAAGUAUGAAGGUUGCUUACAACAUUCUGCAUAAAUUAGGUACAAAACAAGAACCUAUGGUGCGACCUGGAGAUAGGGUGGCACUGGUGUUCCCCAACAAUGACCCUGCUGCCUCCAUGGUGGCUUUCUACGGCUGCCUGCUGGCCGAAGUUGUGCCUGUGCCCAUCGAGGUGCCCCUCACGAGAAAGGACGCAGGAAGCCAGCAGAUCGGGUUCUUGCUUGGAAGCUGUGGAGUGACUGUAGCCUUGACAAGCGACGCUUGCCACAAAGGGCUGCCGAAGAGCCCGACGGGGGAGAUCCCACAGUUCAAAGGUUGGCCAAAGCUAUUAUGGUUUGUCACAGAGUCAAAACAUCUCUCUAAACCUCCUCGAGAUUGGUUCCCGCACAUUAAGGAUGCAAAUAAUGACACUGCGUAUAUCGAGUACAAGACAUGCAAGGAUGGGAGUGUGCUUGGGGUGACCGUGACGAGGAUUGCGCUUCUGACCCACUGCCAGGCCCUCACACAGGCGUGUGGCUACACAGAAGCUGAAACAAUUGUGAAUGUGUUGGAUUUCAAGAAAGACGUUGGGCUUUGGCACGGAAUCCUAACAAGCGUCAUGAACAUGAUGCACGUGAUCAGCAUCCCGUACUCGCUGAUGAAGGUGAACCCACUGUCCUGGAUUCAGAAGGUCUGCCAGUACAAAGCAAAAGUGGCCUGUGUCAAAUCCAGGGACAUGCACUGGGCAUUGGUGGCACACAGGGAUCAGAGAGACAUCAACCUCUCCUCUCUCCGGAUGCUGAUAGUGGCCGACGGCGCAAAUCCCUGGUCUAUUUCUUCCUGUGACGCGUUUCUCAACGUCUUCCAAAGUAAAGGUCUACGCCAGGAGGUCAUCUGUCCUUGCGCCAGCUCACCAGAGGCUCUCACUGUGGCCAUCAGGAGGCCCACCGAUGACAGCAACCAGCCCCCAGGCCGCGGCGUCCUCUCCAUGCACGGGCUGACCUAUGGGGUCAUCCGGGUGGACUCGGAGGAAAAGCUGUCUGUACUCACCGUGCAGGAUGUCGGCCUCGUGAUGCCUGGAGCCAUCAUGUGUUCAGUGAAGCCGGACGGGGUUCCCCAGCUGUGCAGGACGGACGAAGUCGGGGAGCUCUGCAUGUGCGCGGUUGCCACAGGCACGUCCUACUACGGCCUCUCGGGUAUGACCAAGAACACCUUCGAGGUGUUCCCGGUGACGAGCUCGGGGGCCCCGGUCAGCGAGUACCCCUUCGUGAGGACGGGCCUGCUGGGCUUCGUCGGCCCUGGGGGCCUCGUGUUCGUGGUGGGCAAGAUGGACGGGCUCAUGGUGGUCAGUGGGCGCAGACACAACGCCGAUGACAUCGUGGCCACAGCACUGGCCGUGGAGCCCAUGAAGUUCGUGUACAGGGGAAGAAUAGCCGUGUUUUCGGUGACCGUCCUGCACGACGAGAGGAUCGUGAUCGUGGCUGAGCAGAGGCCGGACUCCACGGAGGAGGACAGCUUCCAGUGGAUGAGCAGGGUGCUGCAGGCAAUCGACAGUAUACAUCAAGUUGGGGUUUAUUGUCUUGCACUGGUUCCAGCAAACACUCUCCCCAAAACCCCACUCGGUGGCAUCCAUUUGUCAGAAACGAAGCAGCUUUUCCUGGAGGGCUCACUUCACCCCUGCAAUGUCCUGAUGUGCCCCCACACAUGCGUCACAAACCUGCCCAAGCCUCGGCAGAAGCAACCAGAGAUCGGCCCUGCCUCUGUGAUGGUGGGGAACCUGGUGUCUGGGAAGAGGAUCGCACAGGCCAGCGGCAGAGACCUGGGCCAGAUAGAAGACAAUGACCAGGCCCGGAAGUUCCUGUUCCUCUCGGAGGUCCUGCAGUGGAGGGCGCAGACCACUCCUGAUCACGUGCUGUACACGCUGCUCAACUGUAGGGGCACAAUAGCGAACUCGCUGACAUGUGUCCAGCUGCACAAGCGGGCUGAGAAGAUAGCCGUGAUGCUGAUGGAGAGAGGGCACCUGCAGGAUGGGGACCACGUCGCUCUGGUCUACCCACCGGGAAUAGACCUUAUCGCAGCAUUUUAUGGUUGCCUGUAUGCAGGCUGUGUGCCAAUAACCGUCCGUCCUCCACACCCACAGAACAUCGCAACCACGCUGCCAACCGUGAAGAUGAUUGUGGAGGUGAGCCGCUCCGCCUGUUUGAUGACAACACAACUGAUCUGUAAAUUGUUACGGUCCAGGGAGGCAGCUGCAGCUGUAGAUGUCAGGGCCUGGCCCCCGAUACUGGACACAGAUGAUUUGCCAAAGAAGCGGCCUGCCCAGAUCUACAAACCUUCCAACCCAGACACGCUAGCCUAUCUUGAUUUUAGUGUGUCCACGACUGGGAUGCUAGCUGGAGUGAAGGUGAGAAACACAGUCUGCAUAAUAGUAGUUAGCAAGCCACAAAGCAAUGGUCAGUUUUCAUUCUUAUGGGUAUAGGGCUCUGGUGGGGCCGGGCAGCAAAACACGGAGAGAGGGAUAUAUGUGCAUUUUGUUCAAGCUAUAAAAUGCGUGACCAUUUCAAUAGUUAGCUAGGCUGACUGAUUAUUUCCAGAUGUUCCAGCUAUUUUUUUAUGUAAACAGAGCUUCCCUAACCUCUAAUUAAAAAACUGCCUAUGUUUUUCUUUCUUGCUGGUUCUCAAAUCCCAGUAUUCUAUUAUAAAACCCUGUGCACUGGAGUUUCUCGCUUGUUUAACAUGGGUCUCAUUAUAACUUGCCAGCACGCUGCUCAUUGCCUCUGAAAUGAUGCUUUUUCCUAUCAAAGAAUGGUGGAACUACUAUGUGUGUCACCAGAAUUAGGACCCUCACAGCUCAGGCAAUGUCCUUGUCAAGAUACCGUUAAGCCUGAGAAAACCAUAAUUCAAAAAGAGUCAUGUACCACAAUGUUCAUUGAAGCUCUAUUUGCAGUAGCCAGGUCAUGGAAGCAACCUAAGUGUCCAUCGACAGAUGAAUGGAUAAAGAAGAUGUGGGGGCUUCCCUGGUGGCGCAGUGGUUGAGAGUCCGCCUGCCGAUGCAGGGGACGCGGGUUCGUGCCGUGGUCCGGGAAGAUCCCACGUGCCGCGGAGCGGCUAGGCCCAUGAGCCAUGGCCACUGAGCCUGCUCGUCCGGAGCCUGUGCUCCGCAACGGGAGAGGCCACAACAGUGAGAGGCCUGCGUAACGCAAAAAAAAAAAAAAAAAAAAAAAAGAUGUGGCAUAUACAUACAAUGGAAUAUUACUCAGCCAUAAAAAGAAACGAAAUUGAGUUAUUUGUAGUGAGGUGGGUGGACCUAGGUAGAGUCUGUCAUACAGAGUGAAGUAAGUCAGAAAGAAAAAAACAAAUACCGUAUGCUAACACAUAUAUAUGGAAUCUAAAAAAAAAGGAAUAAAGACACAGAUGUAGAGAAUGGACUUGAGGACACGGGGAGGGGGAAGGGUAAGCUGGGACAAGUGGCAUGGACAUAUAUACACUACCAAUGUAAAAUAGAUGGCUAGUGAGAAGCAGCUGCAUAGCACCGGGAGAUAAGCUCGGUGCUUUGUGACCACCUAGAGGGGAUAGGGAGCAUGGAAGGGAGAUGCAAAAGGGAGGAGAUAUGGGGAUAUAUGUAUAUGUAUAGCUAAUUCACUUUGUUUUAAAGCAGAAACUAAUACACCAUUGUAAAG